ACUUUGUGAAGCCAGUGGGUGGAGUUUUUUUUUCCCAAAGUCAGUAUAAAAGUCAAUGCCUUGUUCCAGAAUUUCAAACCAGUAGAGGAGCCCCCUACUUGUGAAUAAGAAGCUUACUUUAGUAUUGUAGACAGCAGUUUUAAGUAAGGAUGGAACCAACAAAUAAUGAAGGAAUACCUUUAGGCUUGAUCAGUCCAUGGUACCUGCACUCAAACUCCACUAGCCACACCUCUGUAUUCAGUGCUAUAGCAGAACUGAUUGACAAUGCUUAUGACCCAGACGUCAGUGCAAAACAAUUCUGGAUUGAUAAAACAAAGAUCAAAGACCAGGACUGCCUCAUCUUUAUGGAUAAUGGAAAAGGAAUGGACUGUGACAAGAUGCGCAAAAUGUUGAGUUUUGGCUUCUCAAUUAAGCAGACAGAAAGCCAAACAGAAAGUUAUGAGCCAGUGGGCCAAUAUGGUAAUGGUUUUAAGUCAGGUUCCAUGCGCUUGGGGAAGGAUGUCCUUGUGUUCUCAAAGAAAGAUGACAUCAUGUGUGUGGGUCUCCUGUCACAGACUUACCUCGAGAAGAAACAGUAUGUCAUAGUGCCUAUUGUGGAGUUGACCAACACCGGACAGAACUGUUCACUUAAACCAGAGCAUAAAAAGAGUCUUCAUGCUAUCUUGACAAAUUCUCUGUAUAUAAAUGAGGAAGAACUGCUUGCUGAGUUUAGUGUGAUUGAGCGCUUGUGCACCAACUCAUGUGGAACUCGCAUCAUCAUCUGGAACCUACGCAGGACAUCUUCAGGAGAAUUAGAAUUUGAAGUUAUAAAGAACCGCUACGACAUCCGGGUCCCUGUUGAUGAUGAUGAAUAUGAUGAUGUUGACGAUGGCACCAGGAAGAAACUCAAGCGAAAUGCAAAGGGUAGCAUCUCAGUGCCUGAUAGUAAAUAUUCACUGCGGGCAUACUGCAGUAUCCUGUACCUAAAGCCAAGAAUGCAGAUUAUACUUCAAGGGCAGAAGGUUGAAACUCAGUCUGUCACAGAAACUCUAGCAAAUGUCUAUGUGGAAACAUACAAACCUGUGUGUGAUCCUCCCCUUACAAUAACUAUCACAUUCGGCUUCAACACAAAGAGCAAAGAGCACUAUGGAUUGAUGAUGUACCACAAAAACCGCCUCAUCAAAGCCUACGAGCGCGUCGCCUGUCAGCGCAGGGCCACGGACAGCAAAGGAGUGGGAGUUAUUGGGGUGAUAGAGUGUAACCAUCUCAAACCAACUCACAACAAGCAGGAGUUUGUUUAUUCUGAAGAGUACAGAAGAACCAUGAUGAGUGUAGGUCAAAAGCUUGAGAAGUAUUGGAGGUACUUUACUUAUGCAUAUGAGGGAAACUACAUUCAACCUUUUGAGAAGCCUAUGAUAAAGGAAACAAAGCGUGUUCAGUGUAAUGAUUGUCUGAAGUGGCGAAAACUUCCAGAUGGCAUUGAUCCUAAAAAUCCAUGGUUCUGCUACAUGAACUCUGACCCUCAAUUCAGGAGCUGUAAAGCUGAAGAGGAACCUGAGGAUCUUGUUGAAGAACGCAGAAACCCAAAAAAAAGAAAACACAGAGUUGUGAAUCUGGAGGACCUGGGGAUCCUGUUGAAGAAUCCAGAAACCAGAAAAAAAAAAAAACACAAAACAGUAAGGCGCAAAAGAAGAUGCAGCAUUGGGGGAAAAAAAAAGUCUCCAAUACAGCCGGUGGCAGUUCGAGGUCAUCCUUUUACCAAUUCAUCUAUUCAAAUAACACCCCCAACUCAGAACAUGUUCCCUCCUCUUGCUUGUAAAAGGAAUGAAAAAGACUUGUGCCUGGAUCAAGUGAACCCAGUGAAAAAGAAAGCUAGAACAGAAGAUGUUGUGCAAAGUGAAGAAGAAGAAGAAGAAGAAGAAGAGGAAGAAGAAGAAGAGGAAGAAGAAGAAGAAGAAGAAGAGGAAGAAGAAGCAAAAGAAGAAGAACACUCAGGAGGCACUCAGGAGCUAUUCAUUUCUGACACAUUUAAACACUGUGCUGACAAUGGGGCAUACAGGUUUCAGUGCUCUGAUGCUGGUCAGUUUCAGUGUAAAUUGACCAACCUUGUCUUUGAGAUGAAAGCGAGUGGGAAUGUGAUUUACAAAGCCCUAUCAUGGAAAAACAGUCAGUUGGAGCUUAUUGGCCAAUUCAAGCCUGCAGGACCCCUGUACAAAAUCAAAUCUUUACAAUCUUCAAAUUUUGACCUACUCCUUCCUCACUGUGAGAUAAAUACUGAUAAUAAUCAGAGUGGACUGGCUGUGGCACAAUUCAGUGAGGGUAGUCUGCAGAUCCUUCAGCCCCUAAAAAUAACAAACACACAUUUGACCUUAAAUGUCCACGGUUCCUCCUUGUUUGGCCUAAUAAAAAAAUCAGGGGGGAAAAACAUCAAUGCCCAAGUACUUCUCUUUUAUAAGGAAAUUAUUGGAACACAAUUGGGGAAAAAACUGUACAUUCACUUGUUGCCAGGAAAUGUGUCAGUUGAACAGGUGCAGAAACAACAUCCAGGCAACACGUACGUUAUGUGCGGCACAUGUAAACUGACCCCUGGUAAAAAAUACAAACUGCUGUGUGAGCCCGGUGAAUCCCAGCCAAAGGUUCAGACAUUUAACUGUGACUAUGACACUAACUAUCACUCCACAUUUGAGGUGAUCCUUAAUACUGAGGAUGAAGACUUCAACUUGAGUCUUUUGGAUGAAUUUAACCAGACGGUGUGGGAGACUCUUCUAUUUUCUCCUACAGGGUGCUGAAAUUGUACACUCAUACAGAGAGUAAAGGAAAUAACAGACACUCUACUCACCAAGAGAAACAUCCGGAUGAAAUGUACAGUGAUAUCAAUGAAAUCGGUCAUAUCAAUUAACACAACAUGGAAAUUAGGAAAUUAUGCAAAUUCCUCAACUAAAGUGAAACAAAAAUAAAAGCAGAAUUCUAUAAAGUCCUUUAGAAGAAGCAGCAUUUAUUAAAGGAUGAGCUUAAGGUUAGUUUUAUUAAUGCAUAGAUAAUCCUCAAAAGUAGACUUUUAGACUUUUUCAGUAAAGGUUAAUAGAACCGCAAGCUUAUUUCAUAGAUGAUUAGAAUUAAGUAAAUAUUUAUUUAUAUAUUUAGAGGUUUUUAAAAAAUUACAGAAUUAAGCACAUGUUUAUUUAAACAUUUUAAACAUAUAUUAUGUAAUGGUAAGUUUGACAAAUGCAUUUCAUUAGUUUUUAUCUACAGUAAACUAUAUCUAAGCAUGUUUAUAAACUAUUUAAAUAACUUGGUGCUCUGUAGUUUAUAUUUGUGGGGUGAAUUUAUGAAUUCCAAGGUAAUAUCUAUUGUAUCUGCUAUAUGUCUAAUUAUCAAUAGGACCUAAAUAAAAUAUAAUUACGUGCAUUU